AUGGACGGCGAGCAGUUUCGGGCGGCUGCCCAUUCUGCGAUUGAUGAUACCUGUCCUCAAGUCGUUCAAUACUUCGAUUCCAUCCCCGAUCGUCGAGUUCUUCCCGCGGUCGACCCUGGCUAUCUUCGUCCUCUGAUUCCUGAGAACCCUCCUACUGAAGGGGAAUCGUGGGAGACUAUCCAGCAAGAUGUCGAUACCAAAAUCAAACCCGGCCUCACCCAUUGGCAGUCCCCCAAUUUCAUGGCCUAUUACCCCGCCGGCGUCACGUACCCCAGUAUCCUGGGUGAAAUGUACUCGGCCACGUUCACAGCACCUGCGUUCAAUUGGCUGUGUUCCCCUGCCUGUACCGAGAUGGAGACCAUCGUGAUGGAUUGGGUCGCCAAGGCGCUCGGUCUGCCCGAGUGUUUCCUUAGCACAUCGAAGAACCUGGGCGGUGGUGUCAUCCAAAACAGCGCCAGCGAUGCCAUCGCCACUAUGUUGGUUGCAGCGCGCGAAAGACGAGUGCGCGAAAUGGUCCUGGCGGAGGGGCUGAAGGAGGGUACCACCGAGUAUGAGGAGCGCAAGAUGGAUCUCCAGCCACGUCUGGUGGCUAUCGCCAGUGACCAGACGCAUAGCAGUGCGGCUAAGGGAGCCUUGAUCGCGGGUACUCGCUUCCGCGCUGUACCCACACGCCUGCACGAGAAUAUGGAAAUGACCGGGGCUCGUCUGCGCGAGGUGUUGGAGAAGUGUGAAAAGGAUGGUCUGACACCGUAUCAUCUGACCCUGACGUUUGGCACCACCAAUACCUGUAGUGUUGAUCACUUUGCGGAGAUCAAGGCGGUCCUCCAAGAGAAGCCUGCUUGGCAACGAAUUUGGGUGCAUAUCGAUGCGGCCUACGCCGGCGCAGCUCUGGUGGCGGACGAGUGGCAGUAUAUCACCAAGGAUUUCGCAGAGGGAGUGGACAGCUUCAACAUGAAUAUGCACAAGUGGUUGCUGGUCAACUUUGACUCGAGUGUUCUCUUCGUGCGUAACCGUCUCGACCUCACCAAUGCCCUCGACAUCACCCCCACUUAUCUGCGAAAUCCCUAUUCUGAUAUGGGCACCGUCAUUGAUUACCGUAACUGGUCCAUCUCCCUCGGCCGUCGGUUCCGCGCUCUCAAGAUUUGGUUCGUCAUGCGCACCUACGGUCUGAACGGUAUGAAGGCGCAUAUCCGCAAGACUAUCGAGUUGGGCAAUACCUUUGCGAACCUCGUUCGGGAACGAUCCGAUCUGUUUGAAAUUGUGACCAAGCCUGCGUUUGCCUUGACCGUGUUCCGUGUGAAGAGCUCCACAUCCGCCAAUGGUAGUGUCAAUGGGUCUACCAACGGUCACACCACUGGCGCGCAUGCGGUACACAAGGACGAGGCCGCAGACGCCAUUACGAAGAAGGUGUAUGAGCUGAUCAACGAACGCGGUGAAAUCUUCAUUACUUCCACGGUGAUUGACGGGAUCUUUGUGAUCCGUGUGGUCAGCGCCAACCCCAUGGCCGAGGAGAAAUAUGUGCGCAACGCAUUUGACAUUGUGGUGCGGACAACGGAAGAAGUGUUGCAAGGCAAGCAAUGA